ACGCACGAGUGGUUGUAGUGACACCGUGGCAAAAACUUCGAUGGGAAUUUAUUUCAAUUUCAUUAAAAGGAACAUGAAGUUCAUCGCGGUUUCCACCCUUAUUGUCGGCGCGGUCGCGUUCCUUUUGUUCUUUGAAACAUCAGAAGCUAAGAAGGGGCCAACCGUCACCGCAAAAGUUUAUUUUGACAUCAGUAUUGGCGGCAAGAAGGAAGGCCGGAUCACCAUCGGGUUGUUUGGAAAAACUGUCCCGAAAACCGUGAAGAACUUUUUGCAGUUGGCGACUCAUGAGAAAGGAUUUGGUUAUAAAGGAAGCAAAUUCCACCGAGUCAUCAAACAAUUUAUGAUCCAGGGCGGCGACUUUACCAACGGUGACGGCACUGGCGGUAAAAGUAUUUACGGCGCAAAAUUCGCCGACGAAAAUUUCAAGCUUAAGCAUGAAGGGCCAGGAUACCUCAGUAUGGCAAACGCCGGUAAAGACACAAACGGAUCUCAAUUCUUCAUAACGACAGUCAAGACAUCGUGGUUGGACGGGAAGCAUGUUGUGUUUGGGAAAAUAGUCGACGGGAUGGACGUCGUCAAAGCAAUCGAAGCCACACAGACGGGCGCCCAAGAUCGGCCAGUUAAAGACGUCGUUAUUGCCGAUUGUGGAGAACUUAAAUAAACCUUAAACUAAUUCCCUUUAUGUUUAUCGUGGUAACAAACAUUGCAGUAAAAUUGAAGCGUAUUUGGAAGUUCGGUUUCAAAAUAAAAAUUCGUUUGUAAAU